AUGCAAGAGACACAGCAGUGUCGGACCGAGAGCUUGGAUGGGACAAGGCGACCGCCCGCGCUCACGCCGAGGAGAUAUGGACCGAAGCGCGGGGUGUCAGCAGCGGCUGCGUCUCCCGUGCUGCCGACGACCCCCGGCAGCCCGGUGGCGGUUGCCGCCAGAGUAAUCUCUCAGGAGGAGUCCGUCCGUUCCACUCUAAGGAUGAAGAGAGCGGCAGAAGCGAUAGCUCUCGAAGACGCCCGGAUACUUGCAGAAGUGAAACACCAAGAAGAGCAGCGAAGGCGCCAGUCGGAGCACAGGGUGGCCGAAUCACCCCCCCCUCCAAGGCCUGAAGACGACCACGGCGACGACCCUGCCAAAGAAGAAGACGCCAGAGCCCGGAAAGCCGAGAAGAUGCGUGUGCGGGCACUGCGGGCUCUCGCGGCUCGUGAAGAGGCCGAAAUCGAUCGGGAUAGAGCACUGGAGCUUACCCUGGAGGUGUUGAGGAGGAAACACGCCGACAAGCGGCGGGGAGUCAGCACAAUUCCUUCAGCACCAGCCUACAAGAGGGCGCAUUCCCCGCCAAGGAAAAGCAAGAGACCGGAUGACCACCGGACUACCUUGGCGAGGAGGGUUAAGGACUCGGCCGCCAGGUCGUGCGGCCUGAGCCAGGCGCAGGUUCUCCUGCUCCGACGGUCGAGGAAACUUGGUCGAGAGGGCGACGCGCCCAGGACGGUUUCCGAGAGGCGAACGGAACAGCUGGCUCAACCAAAAGAACACCGACCAGCUACGCGAACAAGAAAUUCGGCCACCGAGGCGUUGGUGGAGGAGCUAACAAAAACAAUGACGGACAAGGAAAAACGAGCGUUCUUACACGCGUGUUUGGCGGAUGCGAAGGAGUGCACCCAUCGACCAUACACCCGUUCGGCAGCAGCAGCCGCUCGACACCGAAAGGGCGGUGCGGGUGAUGGUGCAACAGGGGGUGGUGAGGAGGCCAAGGAUGGGUCAGGACCUGGAGCAAGUAUUGACGCGUUCCUUUAUCGAAUGGGCGCCCAAGAGCGAGCCAAGAACGCCGCGAUGGAGCAUCGUCGAGGCGAGCUGGCAUACAAGGCCGUUCUGGACAAACGAGUUUGUCCAGGCUGCGGGGCCGAGCAAUCCUACGAUGAGGUUGAGGAGAAACGAAAGAUAUGCCCGAACUGUGAGGCUGAAUAUCGCAAGCCGAAGACGUGGGCAAGCGUCCGAAAGGAUUUCCUGAACCGUGUGGAGGCAUUUCAAGAGUCGAAACGGGAAGCUGUUCAGGCUGCUACGCAAAGCAGGAUGCGGACGUUCGCGCUUGGAAGCCAUCGUAGCUACGACGGCGCCGAGAGGGAACGCUUGUUCUGGGAAGACAUCGAGGACGACUUCGUUUACAGGCUGCAGGAGGAUGCAGCCAGACGGCAAGAGUCUCUUGAAUCUCGGUCAGCGGCUCUUUACCAGGACUGGACGUUCCGGCCUACGCUCAGCGCCGCUAGUGAGCGUGUUGUAGACGAAAGCGCAUGGGCAGGUUCGUUCUCCGAACUACUGUACACUUUUCGGUUGUCACCGGCUCUACGUGCAGGGCAGCUAGAUUCAGGGGUGCAUGUCAAUUUUUGCGCAGACGUAUCCCUACAUCUCGCAGCAACUCGUACCCACUUGCUCGCCUGCCGAACAUUCUGGUCAGCAGGCGUGUAA